AACAAGAUGGCGGAGUGAGGUGGUUGCGCUUUGGAAAAAAAAGUAGCGAGUCAUUUUAUUUGUUUAACAUUUCAGCUUUUAAGGAGGAUUCGUUUGUGUAUGGUUAGGUUAUUGGGAGUAACUUAAAUGAAAGUAUAAAAUCGCGUCUCAGUGUGUGGUGGGUUUGGGUAAGCGUCGAACAUAGGGCCUUAGGAGUAUUUUGUCCUUCCUCUACAAAUGGCUAGCUAGCUAGCUAGCUAGUUGGUGGUGUGCUAGUUAGGCUCUUAAAAUAGGACGAGUAAGGUUAUCGGCUUUACAGGAAAACUGUUUUUUUAUGUAAAUGCUAGUAAGCACACACAACGGCUAUCAUAUUUUCAGUUGCCAAGGACCACAGGUAGCCAAAACAUUUGAUCGCUAACUAGAUAGCAGUCUUAACGGAAUCGGAGACCUAAUUUAACGUUUUAGGUGCUCGUAGUUUUGUUAAGACUCACAUAUUCGAUUAUAACUCUUUUAAUAUCAAUUAAGAGUUUAUAGGCGACACAAAGAACAUGGCUAGUAGCAGUGGUUCGAAAGCCGAGUUUAUAGUCGGUGGGAAAUACAAGCUUGUCCGGAAAAUUGGAUCCGGAUCUUUUGGUGAUAUAUACUUGGCCAUUAACAUCACGAAUGGAGAGGAAGUCGCUGUGAAACUGGAAUCACAGAAAGCAAGACACCCUCAGCUUCUGUAUGAAAGCAAGCUGUAUAAAAUUCUUCAGGGCGGAGUAGGAAUUCCACACAUCAGGUGGUAUGGCCAAGAAAAAGACUACAAUGUCCUUGUGAUGGAUCUUCUUGGGCCCAGUUUAGAGGACCUCUUCAACUUCUGCUCUCGAAGAUUUACAAUGAAAACAGUUCUUAUGCUUGCAGAUCAGAUGAUCAGCAGAAUUGAGUAUGUGCACACAAAAAAUUUCAUCCAUAGAGAUAUCAAGCCAGACAACUUUUUAAUGGGUAUUGGCCGUCACUGUAACAAGUGUUUAGAAUCUCCAGUGGGGAAGAGGAAAAGAAGCUUGGCUGUUAGCUCUUCUCAGGAUCCAUCUUUCUCAGGAUUAAACCAGUUGUUUCUCAUUGACUUUGGUCUGGCCAAAAAAUACCGGGACAACAGGACACGACAGCAUAUACCCUACAGAGAAGACAAAAACCUCACAGGCACAGCUCGCUAUGCUAGUAUCAAUGCACACCUGGGCAUUGAACAGAGUCGUCGAGAUGACAUGGAAUCGCUAGGCUAUGUUCUGAUGUACUUCAACAGAACCAGCUUGCCCUGGCAAGGAUUAAAGGCUGCCACAAAGAAACAGAAAUAUGAGAAGAUUAGCGAGAAAAAGAUGUCCACUCCUGUUGAAGUGUUGUGUAAGGGUUUCCCAGCUGAGUUUGCCAUGUACUUGAAUUACUGUCGUGGCCUACGAUUUGAGGAGGCCCCUGACUACAUGUAUCUGCGCCAGCUGUUCCGCAUUCUUUUCAGGACUUUAAACCACCAGUAUGACUACACAUUUGACUGGACCAUGCUGAAGCAGAAAGCAGCACAACAGGCAGCAUCCUCAGGGGGACAGGGGCAACAGGCACAAACCCCCACAGGCAAGCAAACUGACAAACCCAAGAGUAACCUGAAAGGUUUCUAAGCAUUAAGGCAAUUCAGUACAACAGAGCAGAGAAGAGUGGUCGUAGCAGGAUUUUUUUCCAUCACGUCCUGUUAAAUGACAUAACCGGAUAAAAUUACUCACAACCUGCCAUGCACCUGUGGCAGCCCUUUUCCUGUUCAAGAACUUUUGUUUCAUAAACUACAUAUGUAAUCAGUAUAUAUAGGUAACAUGCCCUGCAUAUAUCUAUAUAUUGGUAUGUAUAUAGUAUAUUUACAAAGAGGGUAGGCCUGGUAUAUUAUUUGAAGCUGUAGUUUUUUUCUAUCUUUGUCUCCUCUUCCCAUUUUUCUUUAAAUGAAAUCAUUAAAUGCUUUAGAAAAUGGCCGACUCUUAUUAUACAAUUGUGCACAAACCAAAAGUUUGCUAGAGUCCUUUGCAGAAAUGUACUUUAUCAUCCUUAAUGUCAUGAUUCCAACCUUUUGUCAAAUUUGUCAAGUAUUUCCAUCUUAUUUUUUUCUCUUUAUGCAAAGAUGGAAAAAAAAAAUCUUAAACAAUCUUUUUUCUUUUGAAAGAAUUCUGCCGAACACUAAGCAGGCAUUUUUUUUUUUUUUUUUUUCAAAAAGUUAAGGAUUUGCCUGGUGUUAUAUUAUAAUAAAGAAGAUAAAUUCUAGUAACUACUAGAUUUCUUUUUGGAACACUGCAUCAACUGUUACUGUACUUGAUAUUCAGAAGUCUAAAAUAAAUAAAACAUGAACUCACAAAAGCAUAUUCUUUAUAAAUUAGCCAGUACUUAAGUAAUCAUGUAUAUUACGUACUUAAAUCGAAAAUGUAUUAAUAAUUGAUCUGGGUUUAAGGAUUUACAAAAGAAUUAUUAAUUACAAAUAACUAUGCUGGCAUCUGUGCUUUGUUUUUGAAAGGGGAUACAAGUGCUUACUGCACCCUUGACAAUUUUUAUAUGCUUUUUUAAAAAAAUUGGAUAAUAGUCAGUUUUGUAGAGCUUUUUCCCUGUUUUGGGAAGGUGAAGAGUGAAAAUAUACCUUUUUCACUUGUCAGCUCUUUCUUGUUUUCUUUUUCUUUUUUUUAUUGCCUUUUUUUCUAUAGGUUUUUGGGCUUUUUGUUGUUGGAGUAAAAUCAGUUCAAAAAUGUUUUUUUUCUUCCCUGCUCGCCAACAUCCACUCUCUUCUGACACAGCAACGAUGUUCUAUAAAGUGUAACUUAAUCUCUUUUGGCAUGUCAGAAUAAAUGGCUUCUGAGAAA